AUGUCAUCUGCAAUUAGUGAGCAUAGACGGCUUUUUAAUUUCAAUAAAAGUCGUUGUUCAACCAAGGGCAAAGCAGCAUCAAAAAAGAAGGAAAAGCAACCCACAUGCAAGUUAAAGUUUGUUUGUCUUGCUGCAACAACAGCCACAGCUCCUCCUUCAAAUGUGAAAGACAAGACAGAUCUAUGUAAUGCAGGCUUGGGAGACUGCACAUUAUUGUUAGACUUAAAUGAGAGCAGUGUUUAUUUGUAUGAGGAAAUUUUGAAAAAAUUCCCCCAGCUUGCUCACACAGGAGGAUAUGAACUCUCACUUUAUCAAAGAGGGGGUGGUGUCAAUGGGGGCUUUCAUGCAAUUAAACCUCCACUGACAACAAUACGUUUGAAGGAUAUCUGUGCUCUAGCCAAAAUUUAUAUACGACCACUUCAAACAGACAUUCCACUUCUUGACGAGGAAACCCAAGAAGAGAACAAUGAG